CACACACACUCUCUCUCCUCUUUCUCUCUCUAAAACACAGCAAAUCUAAGCUCGUUAAUGUCGAUUCAGAUCUGAGAGAAGAAGAAGAAGAAGGAAGAAAAAGGACUACUGUAAAUCUCGAGUUCACUGUGAAAUUACACUUUUGCCCUUCCCCCUCCAUUACCGUACAACAAUGGCGUACGCAUUCCCGGAGGAAGUACUAGAACACGUCUUCUCCUUCCUCAACUCCGACAAGGACCGUAACGCAGUAUCACUAGUCUGCAAAUCAUGGUACGAGAUCGAACGGUGGUGUAGGAAGAGAAUAUUCGUUGGAAACUGCUAUGCUGUUAGCCCUAGGAUCAUGAUCCGACGGUUUCCGGAAGUCAGAUCUGUUGAGCUUAAAGGGAAGCCUCAUUUUGCUGACUUUAAUCUUGUACCGGAAGGUUGGGGAGCUUAUGUGUAUCCUUGGAUUUUGGCUAUGUCUAAAUCUUAUCCAUGGCUUGAAGAAAUUAAGCUUAAGAGGAUGGUAAUUACUGAUGAGUCGUUGGAGUUGAUUUCUAAGUCGUUUAAGAACUUUAAAGUGUUGGUUUUGUCUUCAUGUGAUGGGUUUACUACUGAUGGACUUGCUGCUAUUGCUGCUAACUGCAGGAAUCUGAGAAAACUAGACUUGGGGGAGAGUGAAGUGGAGGACCUUAGUGGGCAUUGGUUAAGCCAUUUCCCUGAUAACUGUACGUCACUUGUAUCACUUAACAUUGCCUGUUUGGCUUCUGAGGUCAGUCUGUUAGCUUUGGAGCGCCUGGUUACUCGCUCUCCUAAUUUGAGAACUCUUCGGAUAAAUCGUGCUGUGCCCCUUGAGAGGCUUCCAAACUUGCUCCGCCGCACUUCCCAGUUGGUCGAAUUUGGUACAGGUGUUUUCUCUGCUGAUGUGCGAUCUGAUUUUUUCUCAAACCUGACAGAAGCUUUUUCGAGCUGCAAGCAACUUAAAUGCCUGUCUGGGUUUUGGGAUGUUGUACCAGCUUACCUUCCAGCUUUAUAUCCAGUGUGCUCAAGACUCACCUCCUUGAAUUUGAGCUAUGCUACCUGUCAGAACCCUGAGCUUGGCAAGCUCAUAAGUCAGUGUCACAAUUUGCAGCGUUUGUGGGUGCUAGACUACAUUGAAGAUACUGGUCUUGAGGAACUUGCUGCCAAUUGUAAGGACCUUCAAGAGCUGCGGGUGUUUCCUUCUGACCCAUUUGCUGCAGAACCAAAUACAACCUUGACGGAGCAAGGCCUUGUAGCUGUCUCAGAUGGCUGCCCAAAGCUCCAGUCUGUUUUAUACUUCUGCCGCCAAAUGACUAAUGCAGCUUUAGUUACUAUUGCUAGGAAUCGACCUAACAUGAUCCGUUUUCGCUUGUGUAUCAUUGAGCCUCGAACUCCUGAUUAUUUAACCCUUGGUUCAUUUGAUACUGGUUUUGGGGCCAUAGUAGAGAACUGUAAGGAAUUGCGGCGACUUUCACUUUCUGGCCUCCUUACCGAUCGUGUCUUCGAAUACAUUGGCGCCCAUGCUAAAAAGUUGGAGAUGCUUUCCAUAGCUUUUGCUGGUGAUAGCGAUUUGGGACUCCACCAUGUUCUCUCUGGUUGUGAUAGCCUUCGGAAGUUGGAGAUCAGAGAUUGUCCGUUUGGAGACAAGGCUCUUUUGGCUAAUGCUGCAAAGCUCGAGACAAUGCGAUCCCUUUGGAUGUCUUCUUGUUCAGUAAGUUUUGAAGCAUGUAAGAUGCUAGCUCAGAAGAUGCCUAGGCUUAAUGUGGAAGUCAUAGAUGAGAGGGGUCCUCCAGAUACAAGGCCAGAAAGCUGUCCUGUGGAGAAACUUUACAUAUAUCGAACUGUGGCUGGACGAAGAUUUGACACACCUGGUUAUGUUUGGACAAUGGAUGAAGAUGCAGCUGUAAGGUUGACCUGAGCCACACAUCAAAUGGAAAAUUCCAGCAAGACUUCACAUGGAAAGAUGGGCAGGUAUUAGCGCUAUGUUUAUCCUCCUGCAUUUGUUUGUCACGCCUUAUGUAGUUGCAGUGCCAGUUGAGGGUUGGAACUUCACUGCUUUGAAGUAGAAGCUCCAGAGCUCAUACGCCAUCAAUUUUAUUCUUGGCUGAGAGCUACUUUACAGCAGGUAGUUUUUAAUAAAGAGUUUGAACUCUGAGUUUCUGUGUAUCAUCUAGAGUAACAAUUAUUCGUUUUCUUUGGGUGGGAUUUUGCUUGGGGG